UCAUCACAACAUACCACGGGGGGCGGUAGCGAGCACACAGAGUACAUUUUGAAAGGUUGCCGUCACUUUCAUUGAAAAAAGUUUGGUUGAUGGGUCAUAACAUAUGUGGAGGACUAAGCAGAUACAUCAGGUCGCGUCUUACGGGAACUCUGCAUGGAAAAAACACAAAAGCCGUGGGACCUAGUCUCUCGUUCCCAUGACUCCUAAGAAACCUCAGCAGUGGCUUCAAGUGGUUGGACAUGCAGGGAACUUUCAUGUAGGGGAUUACGGCACACUGCUGAAGAGGUAUUGUAAGGGGGAGCAGCAAUGUUACCUCCGUCUGAUGGCAGACACUCUGAGGUCCUUUGUUCCUGCCUACCACGGUGUUGUGCAGCGUGACAAGCAGGAUUACAACAUGAUGGAUAACCUGCUGACCCACUUCAACACACCUGCCAUCAUGGACUGCAAGAUGGGCAGCCGCACAUAUCUCGAGGAGGAGCUGCAAAUGGCCAGAGAACGUCCCCAGCCCCGCAACGACAUGUAUGAGAAGAUGGUGGCUGUGGACCCAGAGGCCCCGACGGCCCAGGAGCGAACCCAGCAGGCAGUGCUGAAAACCAGGUACAUGCAGUGGAGGGAGACACUGAGCUCCACAACAACUCUGGGGUUCCGCAUCGAAGGAUUCAGGAAGGCAAAUGACGAAUGUCACACAAACUUCAAACAGACCAAAAGCAGAGAGCAAGUGACGGAAGCACUCAGCAGUUUUGUUGAGUCCAGUACGCACAUCAUGUGGGGAUAUCUGAGACAGUUGAAACAGCUGCGGCAGGUCUUGGAGGCAUCCGACUUCUUCAGAACACACGAGGUUGUGGGCAGCUCCUUGCUGUUUGUGCAUGACUGGACAGGCAGAACAGGAGUCUGGAUGAUCGACUUUGGAAAGACAGUGGUCUUGCCCUCACCACUUACCUUGGACCACCGCACUGCCUGGGUAGAGGGCAAUCGAGAGGAUGGCUACCUGUGGGGUCUGGACAACCUCAUUGACAUAUUAGGAAACAUGCUGCCGCUGAGCUAAAGGCCACUCUCAAAUUGUGUGGACAUUUACUCUCAAACUUCCCUACAACACUUACAAAUGAAUUACUGUAGAUGGGUUGGCUUCUGAAACGUUGUCAGAAUAAUGAAAAAAAACGAUUGAAGGUGAAAUGCAAGAUUUGUUUGAUUGAUUACAAUAACUCGCCACCAAAAACAGUCUCAGUUUCUAGCCUCAGCAGGAGAUGUCACGAGGAAUAAGCAAUUAAAAGCUAAAAAACAUCUGUUGCUGGAGAUGAUCAGAAAUGCCACAAUAUCUCAUUAAAAUGGUGCCAAAACUAUAAAGCUACGAUGUGGAUAGUUAUUUUCUGCAAUUUCUUAAAUUUGCGGCUCAAUCAUCAUUAUUCAAUAAAUUGAAAAACAUCAUGAAA